AUGGAGAGAAAGCAGGCGCAGGGGUUUCGAGAAGCUUUGACGAGAAGAUUGAAUGUCGUGAGAGAGGAAGUGAAAGACGCGCCGAUGCUGGAGGAGAUCGCAAAAGAUGCAAAGGAGACGGAUGGGAAAGAGCAGAGUUUCAAUCGUUUAUGGAAGAAGUUCACGCAGACGAUUUGGCGGGACGAGAAGAAUGCUGGAGAUGGGCUUGGUGGAUUGCUUGGAAGUCUAGGGAAGGCGAAUCGAGGGGCAUGGGAUGAUUUGAGCGAGGCGUGGAGAACAAGAGGCGUGUAUGGCUUGGACGAUCGGAUCAAGUAUGCGUUCUAUGGACACGUCAAUGAUAGCCGCUUCACGGAGAGCGAUAUGAAGAAUCAGAAGACGUUGGCGGAUUUGAGAUAUCCGACGGAGUGGUAUCCUGCGACGAGGGCGAUGCAGAGGAAGAUUGUCCUGCAUGUGGGACCCACGAAUUCCGGCAAGACGUAUCAUGCGUUACAAAAGCUGGAGCAGGCCGACAAGGGCGUGUACGCUGGACCGCUUCGAUUACUGGCUCAUGAGGUGUAUACUCGACUGAAUGCGAAGGGCAAGCCAUGUGCCUUGAUCACGGGAGAAGAAAGGCGAGCCGCGGAGAACCAGGAUGAUGAGCAUGAUAUGAGCGCAUGUACGGUCGAGAUGAUGCCGCUGAAUAGGACACUGGACGUGGCGGUCAUCGAUGAGAUUCAAAUGAUUGGAAACACGGAGAGAGGCUGGGCUUGGACCCAGGCCCUGCUGGGCGUCAAAGCAAAGGAAGUUCAUCUCUGUGGCGAGGAGAGAACGGUCCCGCUGGUGAGAGAGCUCUUUGCCAGCAUUGGUGAGGAACUCGAAAUACACACGUACCAGCGAUUGAGUCCUCUCCAGAUGGCUGAGAAGUCGUUGGACGGUCAGCUGAGGAAGCUGAGGAAAGGCGACUGCAUUGUCAGCUUCACUGUCAUGGGGAUUCAUGCACUCCGUCGGGAAAUCGAGAAGCAUAGUGGGAAGAAGGUCGCCCUCGUUUAUGGAAGCUUGCCACCCGAGACACGCGCUCAGCAAGCUCGACUCUUCAACGACCCGAACAACGACUACGACUUCCUAGUUGCUAGUGAUGCUGUGGGCAUGGGGCUCAAUCUCGCAAUCAAGCGCAUCGUCUUUGAAACGGCAACAAAGUUUGAUGGCAUCAGCCGCCGGACUCUGUCCAUUGCGGAUAUCAAGCAGAUUGGUGGUCGCGCAGGACGAUUCAGGAUUGCAGAACAAGCCAACGAGGCACCAGCAUCGGAACAGGAUCUCGCUACUGCAAAGGGCGAAGCCAAAGUCGCCAAUCUAGAUGACACGCCUGACACUGUCGGCCUCGUCACAACCCUCGAGCGCUUCGACUUCCCCAUCGUCGCAUCCGGAAUGAGUGCGGAACCCGAGCCCAUCCAAUCUGCAGGUAUCUUCCCUCCUGCGCCAGUACUGGAGCGCUUUGCUUCGUACUUCCCACCUCGGACGCCAUUCUCGUACAUCCUUACCCGAUUACAUGACAUCUCGCAGAUGCACAAGCGUUUCCAUCUCUGUGGUCUGAAAGAUCAGGUCUGGGUCGCGGAUCUGAUCGAACCCAUCGAGGGCUUGACAGUCGCGGACCGCAACACCAUCUGCUCAUGUCCAUGCUCCAAGGGCGACAACGACCUCUGGAAAGACUUGAUGCCCGCGUAUGCGCGUUGCAUUGCUGAUCAAACCGGAGGCGACAUCGUCGACAUCCAAGAGCUUCCGCUAGAGCUGCUCGAGAAAGAGCCCGUGGCCUCGAGGGAAUACCUCCGCGAGCUGGAGCGACUCCACAAAGGCGUGGUUGCCUACCUCUGGCUGAGCUAUCGCUUCGCAGGCAUCUUUAACACUCGUCCGUUGGCGUUUCACAUCAAGAGUAUGGUGGAAGAGAGGAUCGAACACGUCCUGGGCAAGUUCAGCUUUUCUGAAACUGCACGGCGAAGGUUGGCGGAACGCAGAGAGAAGGAGAUUUUGGAGGGAUUGAUGAUUGGGUCGGAGGAUCAGCCUGCUCCUCGCGCGGAGGACGCUACUGCUAAGCAUGCCGCCGAGAAGGGAAGGGAUGUGGAAGAGCGGGAGGAGGAUAUGGAGAAGAAGAUGGCCCAGUUUGCCGAGGAGCCUGCUGACGCUGAGCGCGCUGCUCCUGAGUCUGAGGACGUUGAGUCUGGCUCCCAGCUUGACGAAAGUGCUCCGCAACCCGACGCCGAUCCUCUACCCCAAGAGGACAGCAGUCUCACGCUUGGCGGCGACCGCUUCGGCGGCGAGGAGGAGAUGAGCCUGGAGGAGCCGGCGAUGGCGGACGUGAUGCUCGAAGAAAGCUCCGAGAGCAAGCCUGCUGAUCCCAGCGCUACUGAGAACGAUUCAACCGCCGUGCCCAAGAAAGCGGCGGCGGGUGGUGGGCUGUAA